UUUUCAAGUCAAGCGCGCCACCAUGAUUUCGAAGUGUAUCGCUCUUCUUUUCGUCGCCCAUGUGGUACUCGGCCGUACCACCGGUACUUCGCCGCAGCAGAACUCGCUGCACGAUGCACCCAGGAGUGAUGGGAAUUCGAAUUCUUACGUUAGUGAUUUACGGUAUAUGUACAAAGUGUAUCAAGAAUGUGCUUCGACCGAUACGAUAUCUUGUUUAAAACUUAAAUUGGUUGCCGCUUUGGAUCGAGCCGCCAGGUCGUACUCCGAACUACCCCUAUUCGAAGGAAUUAAAUUCGUGAAAGAUCCCCAAGCCGCAGUUCCAGCCGCAGAAGUUAAAACUGAAGCCGAAAUUGAAGCAACGCUUCCCAGAUCGUUGGAAGAUAAAGAAACUGCUUUGGAUAACAUCAUCACUGACAGGGUUUCAAGUUUCCUAGGAUCACACACCCUCCAGAUUAAGCUUCCAAGCUCUUCAGAUGCUCCAAGAUCUCUGGAAGAAGCUCGUAAAAAGAAGAAAGGCGGUGGUGGUGGUCUCCUCCUUCUUCCCCUCAUUUUGGGAGGUACCCUGAUCCCGUUGGCGCUAGGAGCUCUAGCUCUAUUAGCUGGAAAAGCUUUGAUCGUUUCAAAAUUGGCUCUAGUCCUUGCUGGUAUCAUUGGUUUGAAGAAAUUGCUGUCUGGUGGAAGUAGUGGACACGAUGCGGGUCACGUUGAGGUAUACAGUGCUGGUCAUUCGGGAUGGGGUAGGUCAUACGCUAAGGAAGCUAAAGAUGAGGCGCAGAAUCUAGCGUAUGCAGCGUACGCUCCAAAGAGUUGAAUAUUUUUCUUUUUAUAAUUCAAAGAUUAUUUAUUUUAAUUUAUUUUCUUCGAAAGGCU